UGUUUUUAUAGCUGGUUGUUGACUUGUUGCGUGCGUUCCUUCUGGUCGCGCGGCGGUGACAGGCUUGACAGCUUGGUGUCCUGCUCAGUCUUCGUUACCUGUCAGACUACCCCAGCGAGGGAAUGCCCCGCUAUGUUCGACUUAAGCCGUGGCUGGAACCUGUCCUUCGCUGGUUGCGGGUUCCUGGGCAUUUACCACAUCGGAGUAGCCAGCUGUCUGCUGGAGAAAGCUCCGUACCUUAUCAAAGAGGCCACUAAGCUGUAUGGGGCUUCGGCCGGUGCGCUGACCGCCUCGAUGCUCGCCAGCGAGGCACCCAUAGCUAAAUGCUGUGAAGAUGUGAUUGAGGUGGCUAAGGAGGCCAGAAAGAGAAACCUGGGCCCCCUUCAUCCAACUUUCAACCUGAUUAAGGUGUUAAGGUCUGGCCUGAACCGCAACCUGCCCUCUGACGCACACACCCUGGCCUCAAAGCGACUGUGCAUCUCUCUGACCAGAGUGACUGAUGGGGAGAAUGUGCUCGUGUCAGAGUUUGACUCCAAAGAGGAGCUCAUUCAGGCGCUCAUCUGCAGCUGUUUUAUCCCCAUCUACUGUGGACUGAUUCCUCCGUGCUUCAGAGGAGUGCGUUAUGUAGACGGUGGGAUCAGUGAUAACCUGCCUCAGUCAGAGCUGAAGAACACCAUCACCAUAUCUCCUUUCUCUGGCGAAAGUGACAUCUGUCCACGGGAUAAGUCCACCAGCUUUCAUGAGCUGCGUUUCACCAACACCAGCAUCCAGAUGAACAUGGGCAACAUGUACCGCCUCAGCAGGGCUCUCUUUCCACCAGAACCCAAGGUACUGGCUGAGAUGUGUCAGAGCGGUUAUAAAGAUGCUCUACGCUUUCUUGAAGAGAACAACCUGCUUGCACUGGAGUGUCCCACUGCUGGCCCUUCCCUGCCAGAGAGCUCGAUCAGCUGCUGCAACAAUACUGAAACAACCAAGGAGUGGGUGCUCCGAAGGCUCCGACUACUUCGUAAACAGCACUGUAGGGUGGAUGAACACAUUAGUCUGCCCACUUCAAUCAAGAAAGUGUUCUGUGAGGCCUGCCAAGAGAGAUCCGGACUGUAUGGCAGGGUAUCUGGGAUGCUGCCAGUAAGGGUGGCCUCCUACAUGCUCAUGCCAUACACACUUCCUGUACAGUCAGCAUACUCAGUGGCCCAGAGGUUUGUAGAGUGGAUCCCAGAGGUGCCCGCUGAUGUCCGUUGGCUGUUUGAGGUGGCAGGUGAUGUGUACAGACAGGCCUGGAAAGGGGAACAAGCCAGCGCUAUGAGUGAGCCCUGCCUGAGGAAAUGCCUGAGUGUUCCACCGCUAUCUUCGGAGUGUGAGCCCAGUCAGAAAGAUAUCCCACCUGCUCUUUCCUCUGUCGAGCUCCACAGCAACUACUGGGAAAUCCCCAAAUCUACCUUCUCCUCGUCUCAUCAGAGCCAUCCAGCCAUCGAUCCCUCCUCACCACAGGAUGUCUGCUUCUUUGUUGGCAUCCAAGAUGAACCUUAGAGCGUUCACAACGGUCAGAUGCUCCAGGACCUGAACUUUAACAGAAACACGGUCUAAUGUCAGCUCUCUUGUUGAGACAAGGAUGGAUUGAUGGAUGGUAGAAAUUUUAGCCAAUAAUCACUGGUGUGUAUCUGUUUUUUGCACUGACUCUGAACACUCCAUCCAGUGCAAAGAGUAUCGUACUUCUGUGAUGUGUUUUAUGGCCUAAAUCAGUGCGCAGCACAGUAUGAUAUCUAUCUACUUCCCUCAAUAUUUUUAGGUUUAAAUUAUGCAUACAUAGGAACCAUCCCAGUGCAUUCAAUGACAGCUUCUUUCUUUCCCUUCAAAUAUUGACUCUUUGUCCAUUUCACCACGCUGAUGGACUUGUACCGUUGAGUGAUAUCUCCAAGGUUUGUGGUCCCAAUCACUAAUUUAAAGUUUUUUCAGUAUAUAAUGAUUUUAAUUUUCUAAAUAAUGCUCCACAGAGUAAAAUGGGUACCAAAGAAGGCGGGGCUACCGUGUGAAGGUGUCCUUUGGUUCUCAGUGCGAUCAAAUUCCAGAGUGACUGAUUGUGUUCAGUAUAAUGUGAAACUAGGGACUGAGACCACAAAGUCAUCAGGAGUCUUUUUUUAGGUCAUAGCUGAAAGCUGUUUUACUAAAAAGAGACUUUUUGUAACUACAGGGGUCAGUCUGUGGUGGCCUUUAAGGAGAAUGCAAGUUUAAGGCACUUCCUUAUUGCCUUUUACACCUGAAAUCUAUUUAUUAUAUAUAAAGGCUCUAAUAUUACAAAUCUUGGUGCAACAAUCCUUAGCAUUAAUCCAGGUGAUCUUUCCAGGAUUUUUGAGUAAAACCAAGUUGUUCACUUAAUUGGAACACUUUUAACUCUUCGUCAUUGCAGCUGUCUUGUAUUAGUAAAUCUCUACUGCAUAAGGAGAGGCUAUUUCACAUGAUUGGGCAGAGUUAUGUGUGAUGAUGGGUCUGGGGUAAAAAGCUGUUCCUGAGACUGGUUGUCUAUUAUUUGGUGGCCGCUUACCAUCAGGCGACUCUUCUAAGCUGAUGAUGACCUGGAUGUGAUGAGUGUCUGAGAAUGUUAGUGGUUCUGUUUUGGCAGCGGUGUGUGUAGAUAUGUUCAAGGGAGGGAAGAAGGCAGCCAAAGCUGUUUUGUGCAGUAGUAAUGACCCAUGCCCAAAUUACUAGUCGGCCACUGAAACCUGAUGAAAAAUGUUUCUGUUAGAGAAAAUGCACCGAAGCUGACAUUUUCAGGUUAAAGGCUGGUUCUGGUCCUGGGCCAGCUAAGCAAAGGGGAAUGCAAUCAGUGGUACAAGUCACAUCAGCCCAUUGCCUCUGGCCAAUAAUGCAGUGCAUAGGCUGAAUGCUGAUUGGCUGAAAGGAAGGGGUAAACUGAAAAGGGAAUGACCACAGCCCACUUAAUCUGCAGUACAAAGAAUUUCUUUGUGCACUAUGAACUCUGUAAUUCCAGCAAAAGGACCAACAGAACCACAAACAAGUGUUCCAGUUAUUAAACAGUACAUGUAUAUUUUUAAACUAUAGCAGCAAUGUCAAGUUGUUUGCAUCUGCAAAGUGCUCUGUAGCACCGACACAGUACCAUGCUGGAGCCAAUACGUGCCAUUUUUAUAGGACAAACGCACAGUUUUAGCAUGGAUGAAGACAUGGUCCAGUAUACCACAAAACUUUACAAACUUUUAAAACUUUAGAAAUUGCAUAGGCACAGUAUUCAGACAUGCCAUUAAACUGUCUUCUGUAGGUGAUAAUAACUCUCCCAUAACAUAUAAUUCAGUGUUAAAUAAGUAACAGUCGGCUGCCUGAAGCCUGCCAUACAAUAAUGGCUUUUAUAUCUAAGUUGCAGCUCACUGUAAGUAUAACUUUCAGGGUGACUGACUUGAAAUGGAAAAGUAAUGUUAAAUAUUGAGACGUAUCUAUCAAACAGCACAAGUCAUGUUAUUCACUUUCCAAUCAUUUUGAGCCAUAUGUAAAGCCAGCGGCAGACCUUUGCUAAUGGUUCCAACACUGAAGCUCAAUAACCAUCAGAUGUGGUUAUUGCUCUUCUUCCUCUGUAAGGUGACCAAACUUUUGCACAUGUCACAGUCACACUUUUUAUUUGUUAUAUUAUUAAGUCCAAAAUUAAAAGAUAACAGUGCAAUAACCUUUGAAGACAGGCUUGUUUUAAUUCCCUUCUUUUAAGUAUAAAAUAUCAACUCAAUGUGCUAUUUCCCAGAGAUUUGCUGGUAGUUACAUGGUCAGACCUUGAAAUAUGUUUUGUUUCCCGCAAAUGUAAAGUUAUGUUAAGACACUGUGAUAUUUCAACAUUAAACAAUUGAUAAUUGA